AUGUCUGAUAUUCAAAUUGAUCAGAAAUUGCUCGGUAGAUUGUCAUCCAGGAAAGCUUCCCUUGAAGAGUUGGAAGCCCUCGAGGGUAAAUGUGGGCUGGAUAAUUUUUAUUACGAAGAUGCACAUGAAUUAGGCUCAUUUGUUAGAAAGGCUGCUAAACAGUUAUUCCCUGAAAGAUGUGUGGUCAUUGAUGUCUCUUCAGCUACUGGACACUCUCUUUUCCGCAGUGUCACCUAUCGCGGUAGUAAUUUAGAUAAUGAAUACUGGAUCCAGAGGAAGAGAAAGACUGCGUUGAGAUUUGGUCGUUCUACUUUCUACAUGGGUAACAAGAUGGGUAAUAAAAAGCCUGAAGAGAAAUUUUUUGUUGACUCCAAGGAGUAUGCCUUCCAUGGUGGGGCUGUGCCUAUCUACUUAAAAUCUGCUGAUUAUCCGAUUGGAUGUCUCACGGUCAGUGGUCUUAAACAAGAGGAAGAUCAUCUGCUUGCUGUUACUUGUUUGACCAAAUUUGCCGACCAAAGGCUUCAGCAAGAUCUGGAAUUGGACUAG